CUCUCUCUCUCUCUCUCCUACUGUAGGCCACCACCACCGCGACCGCACGAGUCAACCUCACGGCAGCCAAGCGUUUGGUUGGGGGGAUCGGAGCGGCGGCGGCGGCGAUGCAGUCGCUGCAGGACAAGGCGUCGGAGUGGAGCGGCGUGGCGGCGGGGGAUGCGUUCGCCAUCGACGAUGGGAACGUCUUCGAGGCGCUGGGCGGCACCACGCAGCCGUUCGUCGACCUCUCCACCAACUUCUACACCAGGGUUUAUGAGGACGAGGAGGAGUGGUUCCGGCAGAUCUUCGCGGGGUCGAAGAAGGAGGACGCGAUCCGGAACCAGUACGAGUUCUUGGUGCAGCGCAUGGGCGGCCCGCAGCUCUUCUCCCAGAGGAGAGGACAUCCUGCCCUGAUAGCACGGCAUCGACCAUUCCCUGUUACCCACCAGGCUGCAGAGCGAUGGCUGCACCAUAUGCAGCAAGCUGUGGAUACUACUGACAGCAUAGACGCUGCCACAAAAACCAAAAUGAUGUAUUUUUUCAGGCACACUGCAUACUUCCUUGUUGCCGGAAAUGAGAUGACAAGGCAAGGCCAUGGAACUUCCUGCAAGUGCAAACAUGGAGAAAGCAAACCAGCAGAAUAACGAUCGAUUCAUGCCUCUGGCCAGUAAGGCAUCUGGAUAAUAAACGAUUCGAGCCUUUAGCAGCCUAUCCUGGUGUUAUAGAAAAAAAAAACCAUGGACGAUGGAAUUCAGACCAUCUAUUCAUUCACAAAAACAGUUGAGCUAACUGUUGUAGGCUUACAGCCACUCUCGAACACGGAGCAACCCAAAAUUGAUAGAACCUGCCUCUGGAGGAAGUUGCAAACUUGCAAUAGUUAUAUCAUACUCUCUAUAUUGAACAACGGAUGUGUUAUUUUGCGUCUGGCUAUAGGCUAUAGCAUGUGUCUACAGACAGGGGGGAGAGAGCAAGGUCCUCUGUUUGAAGAGUUUCUAGCAAUUGAAGAGAAACUUUAGCUCCUUCAAACAGUACAUAUCAUUAUUUAGAUUCUUAAUAAUUAUGGAAUCUAGAAAAUAAACUAGGAACCAACAUCUUUAGAUCUCAGAAGCUUAAAUUUCUUUAGAGACCAAUCAGUUACUUCUCCGAACCUUAAAUUUCUUCAAAUAAGGUCUGAGAAGGGAAGCCUUGGCUGAAGUUUCUCUUAUAUAACCGCACUAUCGUUGGUCCCACCCUCUUGUAGAGUUGUAGGCUUGCACAUUAGUGCCUGACUGCCUGUAAUAGCACUUAUUAUGAUAUAGGAUGUGAACAACAAUCAUUAUCACAUUCGAUGUGAACUUGGAAGCCUCGCAUAA